AUGGCGGGGGCUUUCAGGUUCGGGCAGCGCCGCGCGGCUGUUCGGGUUUCGAGUUCUUCUUUGUUUUUCGUUCUUUUUGUUUAUUGUUUGGUUUCUAACUUCUAUUCUUCGAAUUCUUUUCGUUUGAAUUCAUCUUCUGACUUUUCCCUGGCCGCUGGCGCCGCAGCCUCGCCUGGGGCUGCUGCUUACCCCCCCGAAGGUGUAGAUACACCCGAAGGCGCAGAAACGCAGGACGCAGACAGCCCCGAUGCUGUAGAGACACCCGAACUUGAACUCGACGCAAAUGAGGCAAAACCUGCAGUUAUUGAAUACUCUGAAGGGUUUCCAGAGGCUGGGGAAAGCUAUGGACAGCAAGGGGGAGAAGCAAUCGAAGAAGAACUCCAAAAAACACAAAAGUUUGAAAAUAAAGAUGAAACCAAAAUUAACUUCGAGGAAAAGAGCGCCGGACAUGUGCAGGCAGUCUCCGGGACCAUGAGGGGAAGAAGACCCACAGACGAAGACGAAAUAACAACUCUUGAACAACUCAACAGCAACACUUACUUCAUGGGACUCUUCGACGGCCACGGCGGAUCUCAAACUGCCAAAUAUUUAAAGCAAAAUGCCCACAAGGAAUUCGCUGCAGCACUGGAAGUGUCCGCCGAUAUUCCUCUGGAAUACGACGAGGGAAAGAUCUCUGAAGUUUGCGUCGCAAUGGACAAAACAAUAAUUAAAAAGAACAUUUGUAAGAGAUCGGGAUCCACAGCCGCAAUGUUAUUUGUCGAAAAGGAUAUCCUGCAGGAGCGAAGCUUCAGGCUGCAUUCUGUUUUCGUCGGAGAUUCCCGCAUUAAGGCAAUUGACUUGUCCAGCGACCGUUCAUUUUACCUCACUGAAGAUCAUAAGCCAGAAAGAGAAGAAGAAAAACACAGAAUUGAACUCAGUGGCGGGCGCGUCUACGCAGUGCAUAAUGUUUACCGCGUUAACGGCAUUCUGAACGUGUCUCGGGCUUUUGGUGACAGCUUCCUCAAGGACUAUUCGGCUCGCCCGCCGUACGAGCAGCCGGUGGUGGCGCUGCCGGGGCAGCUCGAGGAGUUCAUAUCGCCUUCCUUUGUGAUUCUAAUUGCUUGUGACGGAGUGUUCGAAACUGUCGACGCGGACCUGGACAACUUGGUGCGGCAGCAGCUAAAAAAGACGAACUUCGAUUUGCUGAAAACUGUCAAAGAGAUUCUGCAAGUGGCCUACAGCCGGGGCUCUCGAGACAACUUGUCGCUCUUGCUGGCCCGCGUGAACAACGAAGUCCAGCAAGAAACCAGCCCCUUCGCCCUCGGCUGA